GUCUAGAACUGAGUUCUGCUUAGCACUGCAGGGGAUACUUAUGAAAAAUGUGUUUCAGUGGGCGUACGAUAGCCGUAUGCAUUGUAAGGUGAGAUUCAAAACGGUGUGAGAAAUAAAUAUUGUAUCAAGCUUCGUAUCCCCCCACCCCAAUCUAGUCACUGGUUGGAGGUUUGAAUUAAUUAUUUUUGGCAACAUUUAGAGUAGAAAUCCUGGUUUUGGCAGCAUUCACUGCAGGGCAAGAGAGGUUCUGUUCUGAUAACGCAAAGGUAAAACAGCAUUGCCAGAGUGAGCAAUAGUAGCAUUUCACAGACUAUUGGCAGCAGUUGGAUAAUCAGGUUUCACCAGGGACACUACAGGCUCUUUUGUUACACACCCGGUGAAAAUAGUUCAAAGUUCAAUAGGCGUACCUGAACAGGCCUGUUUUCAGCUGUUCUAUACUGCUGAACCGCUCAGGACUCUUUUAGCAGCAGGACUGACACGAUUAUAAUGUUUGCAUAUGUUCUGUAUACCGCUCUUGCGGGUUUGGCAAUUUUGCCAUUGUUGCUUUAUUUUAAAAACCCUUAUUUUUUGAAAGAUUUAAGUUACGCAAUUACUGCAAUUCAAAUUGGCAUGAAGCUGAAUAAAUUCAGCAAACAGAAACCGCUUUACAGUAUAUUGGAUUGUUUUCUGGACAAGGCGGCAAGGCAGCCACAUAAACCGUUUUUACUGUUCGAGGAAAGCUCCUACACUUACAGCCAAGCUGACAAGGAAAGCAACAGAGUUGCCAGGGCUUUGUCCAUGCAUGCUCACCUGAAGGAGGGCGAUACGGUGGCCCUAUUCCUGGGCAAUGAGCCACAGUUUGUAUGGAUGUGGCUUGCACUGGCCAAGUUGGGAUGCGUAGCUUCUCUGCUGAACUACAACAUAAGAUCCAAGUCUUUGCUGCACUGCUUCUCCUGCUGUGAAGCCAAAGUCCUGGUUGCUGGUGCUGACUUGCGAGGGGCUGUGGAGGAGGUGUUGCCCACGCUGAUUCAGCAGGGCGUCCGUGUCUUCAUCCUCAGUGAAGACUGUGAUGUGGAGGGCAUUGAAAGCCUCUCUGAUAAGAUUCAGCAGGCCUCAGACCAGCCUCUGUCACCUCAGCUGAGGGCCAACGUCACCAUUAAGAGUCCUGCACUGUACAUCUACACCUCAGGAACCACAGGACUUCCUAAGGCAGCUGUAAUUAACCAUGAGAGGCUGUGGAUGGCCUCUUUUCUUCAGUCUGUUGCUGGCACCCGCUCAGACGAUAUCAUCUACGUAUACCUGCCUCUUUACCACAGUGCUGGCUUUCUGAUGGGGCUUUGUGGAGCCAUAGAGAAAGGUAUCACUGUCGUUUUAAGACGUAAAUUCUCUGCUUCCCACUUCUGGAAUGACUGUAGAAAGUACAAUGUGACUGUCAUUCAGUACAUAGGAGAAAUUAUGCGCUACCUCUGCAACACACCGCAGAGAGACAAUGAGAAAGAUCAUAAAGUCCGACUGGCUGUGGGGAACGGGAUUAGACCUGACGCCUGGGCUGAUUUCCUGAAGCGAUUUGGAGACAUUCAAAUCUGUGAAUGCUAUGGAGCAACAGAAGGAAAUGUUGGCUUUGUCAACUAUGUUGGCAAAGUUGGAGCUAUUGGCAAGGAGCAUUUUCUCCAUAAGAUGGGAUGCCCGUAUGCCCUCAUAAGAUAUGACACAGAGAAAGAGGAGCCAGUCAGAGACUCCAGAGGAUUUUGUAUUGAAGUGCCCAGAGGAGAGACGGGGUUGCUGGUGGCAAAGAUCGGAACAAGAACACCAUUCAGUGGCUACGCCAAGAACAAGCAGCAAACGGAUAAGAAGAAGCUGACUGACGUGUUUGUGAAGGGAGACGUCUACUUUAACAGUGGUGACCUCCUAAAGAUAGACAAUGAGGGAUUUGUCUACUUUCAGGACCGCAUUGGAGACACUUUCAGGUGGAAAGGAGAAAACGUGGCGACCACAGAGGUGGCCGAUCAUUUGCUCAUGGUUGACUGCAUCGAGGAGGCUAAUGUCUAUGGUGUGAAGGUACCAGGACACGAGGGAAGAAUUGGAAUGGCAGCGCUCAAGCUGAAAGAAAACAUGGACUUUGACGACAAAGCCACAUAUCAGCAUGUCAAAAACCACCUCCCCAGCUAUGCGAGGCCACGCUUCAUUCGCAUACAGAGUGCACUGGUAGUUACUGGGACGUUUAAACAAAUGAAGAUGAAGCUGGCAGAGGAGGGAUUCAACCCUGCUGUCAUCAGCGACCCUUUGUUCUACCUGGAGGACAACAAGGGCUACGUACCCAUGACUCAGGAGAUAUUCAACUCCAUCGCAGAGGGAAGAGUCAGGCUCUGAACGAGUUCACUGUUUAUCAUUGGAUUGUCAACCUCAAGUAGUACAUUUGAUUUUUUUUUUUUUUGUCAUUUUUUAGAUGACACAAAAGGGCCAAAUAAUGAUGAAUAACCUGCACAUUACAUGAGCUAUUUAAUCUUCUGUGGGGAAUAUUGUAUACUGAAAUAUAUUAGGGGGAUGUAAUUUUGUUUUACAUGCUUUUUUUAGUUGUAAAGAUUUGUUUUAUUGAAAGAUGCUGAAGUUAUAAUGCAAUUGCAGUACUUAAAAUGUAGAAACAUUUCUGUUUAUGCAUGAGGAGAUAGAGUUAAAAGGCAGGAAGAGCAAAGAUACACAAAUGUAUACAGGUACACACAAAUAUACUUGUA